AUGUCCCGCCGCAAGAUCUCGUCGGAGUCCUUCAGCUCGCUGGGCUCGGACUGCCCGGAGACGAGCCCCGAGGAGGAGGGCGAGUGUCCCCUGUCCCGCCUCUGCUGGAACGGCAGCCGCAGCCCCCCCGGCCCCGCCGACACCCCCUUCUCCGCCGCCGCCGCCGCGGCCGGCGCCGGGGCGCGCCGCGCUCCUCGCCGCCGGCGGGUCAACCUGGACUCGCUGGGCGAGAGCAUCCGCCGCCUGACCGCCCCCGCGCCUCAGACCAUCCGGCAGACUCUUCAAAAGACACUGCAGUAUUUUGAGCAUCAAGUUAUUGGUUACAGAGAUGCAGAGAAGAAUUUUCACAACAUAUCAAACAGAUGCUCCUAUACAGACUGCUCUGGCAACGAAGAAACUGAAGAUGUCUCAGGAAUUCUCCAGUGUACUGCUAAUGUACUUGGUCUGAAGUUUGAGGAAAUGCAAGAAAAGUUUGGGGAGGAAUUCUUCAAUAUCUGCUUCGAAGAGAACGAAAGAGUUCUUCGAGCUGUAGGUGGGACCCUUCAAGACUUCUUCAAUGGCUUUGAUGCUUUGCUAGAGCAUAUUAGAACUUCAUUUGGAAGACAGGCCACCCUGGAAUCUCCUUCUUUCCUAUGCAAAGAACUCCCUGAAGGCAAUCUCAUGCUUCAUUAUUUUCAUCCACAUCAGAUUGUGGGAUUUGCAAUGACAGGAAUGAUAAAAGCAGCAGCAAAGAAGAUUUACCGCUUGGAAGUAGAGGUAGAACAGGUCACAAAUGAUAACUUAUGUUCAGAGGGGACAAACCCAGGUAACUGCAGUUGUUUGACUUUCCUUAUCAAAGAACAUGAAAAUUCAAAUACCACAAAAGCACUUCCACCAGGAACUUCCCAGUCCCCCUUAGACCUGAGGAUUAGUAUCAGCACCUUCUGCAGAGCUUUCCCCUUUCACCUGAUGUUUGAUCCAAGCAUGCUGGUUCUCCAGCUUGGAGAAGGUCUUAGGAAGCAGCUCAGAUGUGAUGCUCAUAAAACCCUGAAAUUCCAAGACUGCUUUGACAUAGUCUCUCCUAAAAUCAGUGCCACAUUUGAAAGAGUUCUCCUGAGGUUAUCUACACCCUUUGUCAUUCGGACCAAACUUGAGGAUUCUGAUUCUGAAAGUAAAGAUAAGGUGAUGGAAAUUAAAGGACAAAUGAUUCAUGUGCCAGAAUCAAACUCGAUAUUGUUUCUAGGCUCCCCCUGUGUGGACAAGCUGGAUGAGCUGAUGGGCCGAGGCCUCCAUCUCUCAGACAUACCUAUCCAUGAUGCUACUCGUGAUGUCAUAUUGGUUGGGGAGCAAGCAAAGGCGCAGGAUGGCUUGAAAAAACGAAUGGAUAAGCUGAAGGCAACGCUAGAAUGUACACACCAAGCCCUGGAAGAGGAGAAGAAGAAGACUGUAGAUCUCCUUAUUUCUAUUUUCCCUGAAGAGGUGGCCCAGCAGUUGUGGCAGGGGCAGCAGGUUCAGGCCAGGAAGUUUGAUGAUGUCACCAUGCUCUUCUCGGACAUUGUUGGCUUCACUGCCAUCUGUGCUCAGUGCACACCCAUGCAGGUCAUCAGCAUGCUCAACGAGCUCUACACUCGCUUCGACCACCAGUGUGGAUUCCUUGACAUCUACAAGGUGGAAACAAUAGGUGAUGCGUACUGUGUUGCAGCAGGGCUCCAUAAGAAAAGCCUUAGUCACGCCAAAGCCAUUGCCCUGAUGGCACUGAAGAUGAUGGAGCUUUCAGAAGAGGUUCUCACUCCAGAUGGAAGCCCUAUUAAGAUGAGGAUAGGCAUCCACUCAGGUUCGGUGCUGGCCGGCGUCGUUGGUGUGAGAAUGCCACGCUAUUGUCUCUUUGGGAACAACGUCACCCUUGCAAGCAAGUUCGAGUCGGGAAGUCACCCACGCCGCAUCAACGUCAGUCCCACCACAUACCAGCUCUUGAAAAAGGAAGAAAAUUUUAUUUUUAUCCCUCGUUCCCGUGAAGAGCUUCCAGAAAACUUUCCAAAGGAAAUUCCUGGGAUCUGUUACUUCCUGGAGGUCAGAAGUGGUCAGAAGCCGCCAAAACCUUCCAUCACAUCUUCCAGAGUGAGAAAGGUGUCUUACAACAUCGGCACCAUGUUCCUCCGGGAGACUAGCCUAUGAGGCCUGCUGCAGAUCAAAGACUCGUCAAAAAAGCACAAGCCCAGAACUGGGUCAUGACCAGGGAGUUGGAGGUUCUUUGUCUUUCACUGCCUUCUUCUGAACAGGCAGUAAAAAGCUCCAUGUAAUGUCAGGCAAUAAUCAUUUUAAAAGGUGGGUAACUGCUGUCAGUAAACAAAGUGGAGAUAGGGAAAAAAAUAUAUUAAACAAUGUACUUCCACUUCCAGAGGAAUUUCUUUCAUAAACUUUAGUCUGGCCCCUCUAUGGCAAACAAAACAAAACAAAACCCCAACACUCAAAUUAGAGGUUGGUCUUGUUUUGUGCAGAAAGGAUGAUGGUUCUCUGUAGAUUUGCACCAGCUAAGCAGAAUUGAGAGUCAGUUCUGAUUAUGCAUUCCUAUAUUUAAUGUGUUCUUCAGUAAGGUAAUGACGUUUUUUAACUUUAUGAACAAGCAUUUCAUACAUAUACUGUAGAGCUAUUGUAACCUUCCUGGCAGGAGGAAUUAUGACUCAAUACAAAUAUUGUAGGAAUUUUACCUAUUUUUAUACAUAUUUCACUUUCUGGAUAAUUACAUUCCACAUACUGUAAGCUGAGUGAGCUUAGCUAGCUUUUCAGAAGAAGUUACUGUAUAUUUCAUACAUUCUACCUAUCAAACCUUAUUGUUAUACAAGUGGGAAGAAGGCAUUUCUUGACUUUCUUGGCAACAAAAAAAUCAAUAUUUACAUAAUAAACCCCCCACUUUGGUAGAUCACUUUAUCUGGUUUUUAUGCUAAAGCUUUAGAUGAGUUCUGUCUUCUUAUGUAAAAUAAUAUUCAGUAUUUGUCCUACAGUGUUGUAUGUCCAGUCCUUCCAGGACAAUGUAAACAAAGUGCAGAAGAUCAAUGUGUGGACAAACAGAAAAGUUCUUUUCAAUGGGACUUGUUUUCCCUCAAAAUUAUCAGCCAAACUGAUUUUCCAUAGGAGCCCUGAACUUCUCUAAAAAUCUGGUCUUGUUCUGAGGAAUUCCAGCAGACACUGGAAACACUCUGGAUGCCGGUUUUCCACAUAUAAUAGGACUUGUGCUCCUAGUCCAGAUUGAUUGUUGAAAAUCCAUUCUGUUAAUAAUGAUUGCUCAUUCGGAAACUUCCUCUGUUGUUGGAUUGGCUGAAGGUCCCCUGCUUUAUCUAGUUAAGAUCAAAGCAACACCAAAAGGGAAAGUCAGUACUUUUCCAGGUUUAAUGCAAAUGACAAUUCAAGAUUUUUGUUAGUACAAGACCAUUAAAUUUUAAAAAAAGGCCAAUUCUUUGCUGUUGAAAAUUAAUACAGCAUUAUUGUCUUCAGUUAACUGAAGUUAAUCCAUUUCCAGCAAGGUGUAUAUCUGGCACAUCUUCAAGCAUUGUUUAUUUCUCAGGUUUUAUUUUUCAGAAGUAAUGGUAGUCAGUUUUACUGUGUGGCUGUGCUGCCUUUGGAUCACACUGGGGUGGGUGACGUUGUUCUGAGCUUGCAGAUUGUUAGUUAAAAUCUGUGCCAUGAUUCCAAAGUGACUUAGCUGUACGUGGGCCUUUAAUCAUUUUAAUCAAAGAUAAGACUCAUCAGCAACUAGGAGGCAUGAGAAAGUCUGCAUUUCUCUAAUCCAGAAAAGAAAUGAGUUUUCUUAUGGAUUUAGUGGUCAUAACAUGAGGCACAUCCUGAAAAUAAGUAAAUAACUUGCUCCACAUUUCAAGAUUAUCCAGCUGGAUACUUCUGUGAGGGGAAUUACAGUUCUCUAUUUCUCCCCGUUGACCAGCAGCCCCUGUGAGUCAGCAUGGCACUGUUAGCCUGUGCUGAAUAUGUUUCAGGCUUCCUUUCCAUGAAGCCUUCCUGGAUGAGAAAGGACUGUCUUGAGCCUUUACAGACUUCAGUAUACAGAGAACAUCUGAACUUAUUAUGCAGGGGUGAGCUUUUCCUGAGGAGGGUAGAUGCAUGGGAGUUAGCCCAGAAACCUAUUUUAAUGCAGAUUCCCUCACUUUCUAGUGGGAUACUGAUGAUAAAGAUUUCUUCCAUUGGUAUUAGAGCAUUCUUGGGAUUACAAGAGUUAUUUUUUUAUCUACCCUGGUAAGCAGCAUAUGGAGUUUUGUGGCCUAGCUGAAAAAAUGUCUUACAAGAACUGUUCAAGCUUGAGGCUGUAGAAUUUCCAUCCAAACUACAGAUCUGAGAAUUUCCUACACAGGAUAACAAGUUUUAGCCUAUAGCCAUUAGUUUGCAAAUACACAGGAUGUAGCAUGCAUUUUUUACCCUGGGAACACCAGUGAGAUGUGUAAGAAUCAUAAAUGGAUCAAAGUUCAUGUUUCACCACUGAAAGAGGAAUGCCACUUCCCAGCUAAUAAAUCCAUAGUUCUGAUGUGUUCCUUAGUUCCCUAGAGUGAUUUUUUUUCAAAUAGCUGUUAGUAGAUUUCAGUCUGACAUUAGAUUUCAGUCUGCCUUCCCUGGCACAUCUUCAUUGUUCAGUAGGUGCUGAUGUCAGAGUCCCAACCUAUCUGGCCAAGCUUUUUUUCUCUUCUCACCACCCACAGUCCUAUGUGAAGAGUGCAGAUGUAGAGGUUUAGACCAAAAGCUUGUAGUUCAAUUACUUGUCUCUUACAGUUGCCAAUAAGAAAUGUCUAGGUUAAUUCUGCACCUGAUCUUGAUCAAUGCAAUCAUUUUCAUGGCAAAUGAUGGAUAAAUGCUAAUUUUACUAGCAAAUUGCAGAAGCAAUCAAAACUAGUUUGUAUCACCAUCCUCAUCCUCUCUGAGACUUUUUGUUGGAUAAGGAAAUUUAAAAUCAGAGAGAUCUCUGUGAGAACUGAAAAUUGAUAUCAGUAUCACCAUGAAUACAUUGAUAGCGUUUGCAAAUAAAUCAUCUAGCUCCCCAAAUUAGUAUACACUGGCUGUAUAAAAAUACAGUCUUUCUUUUUCAUAAGCUUAUGUAAAGGUAACAUAUCUAGAACUGCAGCACAGAUGCUAAGAAUUGUGUUAUUUGUGUUAUGAGGGGGGAUGUUAAUGAAAAAAGUGUAUGCUCUCGGGGGACAUUUUUCUAUGUCAAUAUGAGGAAUGUGUAAAACAAAUUCUCAGCACUUUCUAAAUUAGUCGUUGCAUCUGCUGCCUUUCAUAUUAGGUUGCAAGCUUAUUUUGUUGGACACCUUUACAAAGUCAAAUGAAACUUAUUAUCAAGAUUGAUGUUGUCAUAUCAAUUAGGUGGCAGUCAGACUCAACAUUUCUCCAAUACCACUUACUUUUAGUGAAAGGGAAAAGGUUCUCGUUUUCCUGGUAUUGUCUUCAUAAAUAGAAGGGUUCUCAGAAUUUUGUACCUUGAGAUGAUGAGGGGGAGAGGCUUGAGGUGCUGAAAUGGUUACAGAAAUCAUACUCUAGUUGGAAUUUUCUUUCAACUUUUUACUUCCUGUAAAACGGAUGAUCUUUGGUUCCUCUGGAUAAGAAUUUACGUUCUUCUGUUUCUUCACUUAGCUGCAAGUAGCCACGUCUGCUGUCUUGAGUUUCUGUGCAGAACAAAUCCACCCUCUCUCAAGAGAGAGGGAGGAGAUCUGUUUUGUAUUGCAUGUACAAGGCAAAGGGAAGGUGAUGUGAAGACCCCCCUAGCUGGUCUCUUUGUGGCUGAUUUCUUUUACAAAAAUCCAAAGUAAAGACAGUCCACAGUCAUUUCCCCAGAGCACUUUUUACAGAUCUUGUGUCAGAUUUUUCCAUCUGCCUGAAGCUCCCCUUCACACAGGCUUUUCUGAUCAUAGAGAUCAUGAACUCAGAGCAAAAAGGAAAUAGUGAUGAAGUGGUAGGGGGGUUGAUAAAUUUUGUUCUGCAUCCCUCUGGUAAAAUUUGCCAUUCAAAGACAAAAACCUCUGCAUGGGAGAAUUGCUACUAAGCCAGGACCCUCAAAGUGUGGUUUUCUCGCAGGAUCCCAAAGGAUAUUUUAUUUUUAAUUCCAGAGAGCCAAUAGUCAUUAACUGUGAUUGUGGUUUUGGCUUUUCUGCUCAUUCCCACAUACAGUUUCAGAUCUGAAUCUGUUUUGAAGCCUGGAAAAAUGCCUCUGCAAACAGAAAACCAAAGCUCUUAAAAUCUUGGAAAUCUUGUACGGGAAUUGCCUGUUUUGAAGAAAUCCUUGUGAUUGAGUCAUUAACAAUCCGUGGCAGUUCAUGUGUGUGCACAUGCUAUUUCACAGUGCUGUCUCCUCCUGUGCCCACAGUGUUGCCUACCAAGCCCAAGAGCAGGAUAGGCCAUAUUUAACAUUCAUCUUCCAUUUUUUUCCUGUAUAAAGCAAGCAGUGCAAAACCAUUACAUACUGCCUGCUUUUAAAAGUAUCAGCCCUGCGCUCAGAAGUAAACUCUGACAACCAUUUUCACAUUGUAUAUUUCUUGCUCUGAAUAGACCCUUCUCUCAGGCAAUUUGAGAACUAAUGGGGAAAAAUAAUAGCACCCAAAACUGCUGUGUUGAAUUGCUGAUGAGUCUGAGACCUGCAUUGGUUGUUGGGGCAAGUUGAAUUGCUGGACAGCUUUCUGAUUCUUCAGCUGCCACAAGCUGUCACAUGUACAUGCUUCAUGUCAAGGAGUUUGUAAUCCAGCAACAGCACUGCAAACUUAGAACAUUUUCUGAGUUUUCCUCCUCUAGUCUCAGGCCACUGCCUCACCUCUGUUGAGUGCUCAGUGCUCACUGAGGAGAGCUAGUUCCCUGUCCUCAUGCAGUCUCGGAGCUUCCUUUCUGGAUUCUGGUGAUCUUUUGCAAAAUUGUGCAUGUGCAGUACUGGAAAUAGCAAUGUGCUUAAAUUAGCAACAAAUCAAGAAGAUUAAAAAAGCUUGUCAAACUCAGAGACAGUUGGUUCCUUUCCUUCAAGGUAAUACAUUAUUCAUGAUGCUGUACAGGACUGAGGGUGCCAGUGACAGGAGAGGCUGUGGAUAAAUUGAAGAUGCUGAGUGUGCAGUAGACUCAACAAGUGGGACUUGAUCUGCUUCUGCUACUGUUAAUAAUUCCAUCAUCUUGCAUGUUGUAUGUCCUGCUCUUGGUCGGGGUUUGGCUCUUCAAAAGACCUUCACUUUCCUUCCCUUAGCACACUGUAUGUGACACAGGGAAUAAUUCCUAUUGUUUUUCUAAUUAGCAGAUAUUGUUGACACAGCUGCUUAUAUCUAAAGAAUAACUGGGGUUGAAGGGCUGAUCUUGCUCUUGCAGCAAAGACAAAACUGCUACAGUGACACAGGAGGCACUCACAUCCUUGGAGAGGGAAACGACCACAGCGCAAGUUAUCACUGGUGGAUUUGGGUGAAGCCAGUGCAUUAACAGCCCAUGGCAUGUUUUUAGCUUCCACAAGCACCAAAUUUAUCUAUGCAGAUAGCAGUUGCUCCUUAAUGAUGUUAUUAAUUUGCAAUGCAUGAGCAGGCUUACAACAAAAAUCUGUGAAGUGUUUAACCUCAUAUACACGAUUGAUCUUUUGUGGCUUGGCUGUUAAUCAUGCUUGAAAGCAAGAGAAACAGUGAAACUGAGGAAUGCAGCAAUUCAGUCACAGGCAACAGGUCAUUCACCUCUGCAGAUGCAAACUUGCUCCUGUGGCUUAGAAAGGUUGACCUCCAGUUAUCUGUGGUCCAGGUUAGCGUCACUGUGUCAUGAUAGCAACAAAAUGGACCCUGAAAACAGCAUGAGGCAUCUCAGUCUGCUUCCCUCUGGGCUGGGGUUCGCAUUAAAGAGCCCAUGUGAUGCAAAGUGGCAACUUUGCUGGCAGCCUUAGCAAAAGGAUCAGUGGAGGCAGAUGUUAAACCAGCUGGUUGUUCCAGGGAUUUUAGUUUUCAAAGGCAGAGAGAGGCUGAACGUCUUUUAAUUCGGACAAAAAGAGAAGAGAGGAUUUCAGAGAAACAAGUGUCUUCCCUGGCUAGCAAGGAGACAGUGGAAUUAACAUGAAUCAAGAGGGACGUGCUGAUUACCUUGGCUGCAGCAGCCUUCAGCUGUCUGGCCCUCUGGCAUUCCAACAGUCAAGUUUCUUUUGAAAACUGGAGGUAAGCACUUCAGGCACUUGUCCCCUCUGCUUUAAAAAGAGUAUGAGGCUGCCUAAAUCCUUGAGUGUGCUUAACUUUCUCAGUGACCACAGAUGGCAAACUUAGACUAGACAUCUGUUUUUUAAGAUGGCCAAGAUAAGUGAGACUGAUCCCACCGAAUUACAUUCUUUUCAGCUCAAGUGCUGUGUCUCAAAUCUUCUGUUCUGCUGCGUUUCAGCAUCUUGCACUGGCCAAAAUAAAUUGAAACCAACUAAGUUGGUUGGAGGGAUAAAUAAGCAUAUUCCAGGAUAAAUGAAAUGUUACCACUGUAGCCAUGGUGACUGUCGGGAACAUGGGCUACUGCAGUUCUGCAAAUCCCUCCUGGUGUCUGAACCCUUUGCAUAUGAUACCAGCACUGCCAGUCACAACUCUGGGAUGCCAUUAGGAGUGUGAUUUAGAAAAGGUUCUGAGCUUUGAGCCCCUAGCCUAGUUAUGCAAAACCUGUGUGCCACGUUCACCUGAACGGUAUGCCAGAAUGCUUGCAUAAACCUUAUCCUUCAGUCAAGAUGGUAAUAACAGAUACAGAUGCUAAAGAACAGAGAGAUAGUUGCCAGGUUAUCAUUAACACACAUUUUGUGUUUUUGUGAAUUUGUUGGCCCAGUAUUAACUUUCCAUUAGCAGAAGGUCUCACACUGUGCUACUUGUUUUCUAGGUACUUAUUCCUUAGCAGUACUCUCUAAUGACUACUCUUGAAGCAAUAAAUAAAGCCAUGCUAAUCUCUUCUGUGCAGGCUCCUGUACAACACCCAUCCCCUUAACAAACCUCUUUUCAGUGGGACAUUAAAUGGCAGAAUAACACCCUGACAUGUACUGUUUGUCCUUCCAUCCUCUUUCUCAGAGAAGAAUGGAAUAAUUUGAUUUUUUGAGGUAGUGGGGUUUUUUUGGUUAGUUUUCUAAAAGUAUAUGUUGCUACUUACUUAAAUGAGGAAGAGCAAAAUCAGAACUGUAGACCAGAAUUUGAAAAGAGUUUUGGAUGUAAAUAGGAUUUUAAAAGACUGCCCACUGAGUAAUACCAGUCUCUCAUCCCAAAAACAUGGGAAGAAGUAGGGGUAAUAGAUCUAAGAUAUACCUAGGAAUGAUUAAUAAAAGUAAUAAACCAGACAGGUAUAUACAAUGGAUGACUUUUGUUUUAUACACAACAGUAAAUAGAUGCUAAAACUGAUUAAUACUACAUUUGUUUAUUCCCAGUGCAUCCCUAAGGUAUUAUUUUUUCUUUCCCUAAUGAGAUCGGAACAUAUUGUUAAAUCGAUAUCAGAGUUUCUGAACUUAUUGCAAAAGAAUAAGCUUAGGAAUAAAUAACCAUCAAGAAGAGAUUUUUUUAGAUAUGAGCCAUUGAAUGAGAGAACAGGUCAUAUGGAAAAGGAAGAUAGGGUACUGACAGGUAUAUUUAUUUUAGAAGUAUCCAUGGCACUUCUGGUUGACUGAAAUAAUUCUGAAACUGUACACUGAAAGCAUGCCUUCCCAGUUCAGAUUAUUUGCAUUUCCUAAGAAGAAGCAGGUAAAAUUUUUAAAGUCACAUUAAGGGGCAUACUUCUCAAUCUCAUUUUCUCUGCUUAAACACAGCCUCUUUCUGAAAGUUAAAUCUUACUUUGCUGAAUGGUCCUGAGGUUCUAAAUGCCUAAAUAAGUUUUGGAAAUGUGGGUUAUAGAUCCCCUCUCUAAGUUAAGCCCCAUGUGCUUUUCAGUGUUUAAUUCCUCUCUGGAAACUGUAGGUCCUGAAAGUGUACAAAUAAGAAGCAUCUGAAGAAAGUGAAGUCUGUGUGUAGGAGGGGGCAGCUGUACAUAGAUGUGGUGCUGAUGUUAGCUUUCAUCUAUCUGGAAGCUGGAUGACGCAGAGACUAUUCAUACAAAAUGCAAGAAAGUAUGGCACAUAAUGUCAUGAACUCUGAGGUUGUAAGGUUGAAUUUUAGAGUCUAUAAUCCUUAAAGUUUUAGUGGAAUACCAUGAGAAAUGCAUGAUUUUUGAGUUUUUUAUUUUAAGUAAGAGUUGAAUCUCUACUUACAGAGAAAAACUGUGGGGAGAAAAAAUUGUGGGGGUGAAAUUAGACUGGAAAGUCUGAAUGCAAAAUGCAAAGAGUGUCCUUCUUUUUUGUAUUAUUUGGCUUUUCUGGAGACAGGAAUAAAAGUUUCUCCAUGAGUUUCAAUACUCAAUACAACGCUAGAUGUGAAACAGGGCAAAUGAAGUACUUUGUCAACUGGAAAUUUGGAGGUGGUAGUAAGAAUAUCUUUUUAAAAGUAUAUAGGGAUAAAGGUUAGUUAGCACUUUUUUAAAAAAUGGAGAUUACUUUACUCUGCACGUAAAUAUUGUUUAGAAAUACUUAAACAGAAAGAAAGCUUGGAAUACUGUUACAUCAUUAUAAAAAGGUACCAAGUCUAUGAGAUAAUCUGCAGUUCACACCCUUCCUUCAGAAACAGUCCUAUAUAUGGAGUUUUCAAAUGCACAUUCAAUCAAGAGUUGUCUGUAGUAAAUUUCCAAGGAAGUAGUAUUUUACCCAGCAGCUUCUACAGAAAUGCCAUGGAAAUCACGUUGAGCAAGGCUGAAAUUUAACUCAGCUGUUUAGAACUUAGUAAGAAAGAUCAUGUUGAGUAAGGCCAAAAUUUAACUCAGUUGUUAAAAGCUUAGUAAGAGACAGAGCAUCCCAAAGCCAAACUUUAAAUGUGCUUACUGACAGGACACCCUUGUGCCUUUUACUGACGUCUAAACAAAACUCAUUCUAGACAAAACUCCCAUCCUAAUACAUGACAUUUAUACUGCCUUGCCAGAAAAUUAGGACUUCACUAAGUUGCAGCCAUUAAUGUCUUUGUUGUUGGAAUAUUCCUUAUUAUUCUUAUGUCUCACUGGACCCAAGUUGCAGUGGGGUCCUCUACAGAACCAAGGGUACAGGGAGUUGCUGUAAAUAUGAGUGAAAUUCACCUCGUCUGCAUUUAGGUGUCUAAAACUUAUGUCUGGUCUGAGCUAGUCAGGUGAGUUCCCUCUACAGUCACUGCAGAUAUCCUGGCAUUUCAAAGAUUUAGCUGUCCUGGAGAAAGUCUUGGGGAUGAGAUAAACCACUGCCUUAGAUAUGGUCUUCUCUUUCCUCCCCAGUGACCACUGUGUAGAGGUGGAGGACUAGCUCAGAUUAGCUGCUGUCCUGUAGGUGAGAGGAAUUCCACUGCUGUUAAGAAUGAGAGAAUGUAAAGAAUAGAACAUCAAAUACAUAUGGAGACAAAGACACUGGGGCAAGGGCCAGGCUUCAGCCAGAGAUUCAAAGGGAUGUGACAGUAAAAUUAUUAAUAUUUAAGAUUUUAGAAGUCUGGCUAGGGGAUUUAUUCUAGUUAUAAGAACAUUCAUUUCAACUUAAAGCUAACAGUCUAUAAUUGUUGCUAACUCCCCACUUCAGCUUUAAGAUAGCACUAGAUCUGAUGUUUUCACCAAGAGCCCUCUCUGCAAAACACCAUGUUAUUUACUGCUUGAUUCCUUCUUGGAAUAGCUACUUAAUAAAUGCAUUCAUCCAUCCAUCCAUCCGUCCAUCCAUCCAUCCAUCCAUCCAUCCAUCCAUCCAUCCAUCCAGCUGGCCAGCCAGCCCAGAAAUUAAUAUCUUUUUUUUAAAUGUUGAAAUGAUCAAUUUUCCUCACCUUUUUUUUUUUUUUUUUUUUUUUUUUUCUUGAGACAGUAUAUAGAUUAGUGUCUGCAACCACUUGGGAGAUAAAGGUGAGCAGAGGGUGAGGUGCUGGCUGGACGUUCUCUCACUAUGAUCAGAGUUACUAAAGCUUCUCUCUGACCUGUCCUGAAUCAUACUUGUGUUCUUAUGCACUUGGAGUACCCAGAUUCUCCCACAGGAACUUGUGCCAGGCUCUGAACCAGGGAGGAGUGGGAAGAACCAGGGCUGUCACUCUGAUAUGCUGCUCCCAUACGUCUCUCUUCCGUCUGCAGUUGCCAUUCCGAUCCUUGGACAUCUGUGGUGAUUCUCACCACAGUCACAGUCCGUGGGAAAGAUCCUUUGGAGAAGAAUCAAUAGCAUGCAGUCCUCCACACUGGGAACUGUUACUCUCCAGAGAAAAGGAAUAGAAAUAGUAUUGUCCUCAAGAGCUGAGAAAACUUGCAGAAUUUCCAUGUACAGUAAACAGUUUCUAUAAUUAGCAGGAAAACAAAACAGAGAGGCAGAGUUGUGCAGCAGGGCCAGCCCAUCUCAUACACACUGCUGUGAUAAUGAAAUCCAAACCCUGUGGAAUUGCAGGCUCAUUAUUCUCACUUGCUUUAAAGGUCAGCUAAGAAGCUGGUUUCUCAAACAGGCUCAUAACUCUGAGACAACGUAACACUAGUCAUUUCUUCCAACAAAUUGCAGUUGUCAGAGAAAGUGGAUUAGUAGCUCAUAGAGCUAAAAAUAGACACUAUGGGCUUGCCAGAGAAGAGUGAAUUCAGUAACAGAGGUAAAGGUACAUCAAAAUAUCAUAACAUCUGAAGAAAAAAACGACAAAAAAUGCUCAGCUGAAAGCAAGUUAGCCAUAAAAUUACAUUAAAAAAAAAUUGCAAUCACAAAGAAGGAGAAUGACAAGGUUUAGUCUUAAUUCUGUUUUAUUCACCUUCUAAAUCCACCUGGCAGGUUUUUUUUAAUCAGCUGAAUCAGUUUGGCCACAGUCCCUUCAAAGUUCAGUACGUCAAGUUAUGCACUGAAAGUCAUGUUAAAGCCAUUAUUUGAAUACUGAAAAAGAAGUUUUUGGCUUGACAUUUCCAUCUUCUUUGCAGGAGGGAGGAGGAGAUAAUUUAUUGCUAAAUUUAUUCAACUGAAAAAUAAAAACUAAGCUCCCAAACCCCAAAUCUAAUAACAGAGCUACAGUGAAUAACAGUGAAAGCAAAUUUCCAAACCUCAGUGUAUCUUUACUAAAAAGUGAGUAGAUAUUUUCCAUUGCCUCAAACAUUUGCAUUUUAAAGAAUUCGUUUCUCUGCCGUGAUUUUGUAAGUUCAUAUUUCUUCUUGCUUGGAUUUAACAAACUAAACAAAACAAAACACUUCUUUAUUCUUCAUUCUUCUUCAAUUACUUAUUUUCUGCAGCAGGGAAAUUCCACCAUACUGUGUAUGACUCUGAAGGAGCAGCAAUCCACUGCAGAUAGGGAACCUCAGCCUGUUUGGUCAAGGUGAAAAAUUCUUUGAGGUACAGGCUAGGUCUUAGCUGAAGACAGGGCUGGCAGUAGUUGCAUGAAAUUUCUACUGUGACUUAAGUAAUGCCUUUUACUUGUGUAUUCAUAAGCUGACGUAUGCAUAGCUCAGGAAUAACCUUCACCACUUUCUUUAGAAAAUCUUUCUGUAGUAUGUUUUUUUUUCUGCACACCUCUUAUAAAAUCUCUGCAUUUCAGAUCUGAGGCACUGACAAGUGUAAGGUGUAAAUAAUAACUUACGUCAGUGAAGCAAAUCACUGUGAAAAAUAUUUGUAAAUUAUUUGUGCUCAUUGUCUUUUGUGUAUCUUAUAAAUGAGAGUUCUUUUUGCAAAUUUUUUGUUCUUGCAGAAGUCCUCAUUGUAAAAGAGGUCAAGAGUAAUCUUGAUUUUGGGAUUUAAUUAGCAUCAAUGCCGUUUAUCUGGCAUUCAGUGUAUACCAUUAUUAGAAGGGUCUUAAGGUUCAGUGAUGGAACAGAAAUGUCAGGACAAGCACUACCAGCAGUUAUCUGCAUCACACAUCCUACACAUUAUGUACACAUUCCAUGACAUACUUUGUAUUUUAUAGAACAUGAUAUCACUUCUUAAAUUUGUAGAAAUAUAGUUAGGGAUAAAUAAUACAAACUAUCUAGAAGUUGUCUGAUAGCUAUCUUGAGAUGUUACGGGUAUAUUGUCACCUACCCUUGGGAUUACUCUAAACCAAAUCAUGCAUCUUUAGCAUCCAUACUUCCUUCAGUGAAAAGCAUGGCCAUCUUCAUCCCUUUAGUAUUUAAACUUCAGUUUCUUUAAAGCCCAGAGAUUACUGACACAAGUAUUUUUCAGCAAAGUAUUUUAAGAGAUCAGUAACUGUUUUGUUUUCUGUGUUUUUUUGGUUUUUUUUUUCUUCCUUCCUGAAUAUGGUGGGCUCCACUGCUAGACCUGACUACAUUCCUUCUUGAUAUAAGUUUAACCUGUCCCAGUUUACUAAAAUUUUGCCGAAGUACUUCUUUGCAGAACCCCAUAGUGUUUUAAGAGGCUAUGUGUAUUCUGUUUGUGCAGUUCAUGGGCACAACACAUAAAUAUUAAGGCCUUCUCAGAUCACCAUCCUGGAGAGUCCAACCAGUUAUUUCACAGCCACAAAUAAUGCCCUUACUCUCUUUGCCACUUGGCUCUGCCUCUAUGGCCAACCUUAGAGAAGGAACUGAAUGCUACUAAAAAGAAUCUACUGGUUUAUGUUUAUAUAUUUCUGUGGGAUUAAUUUGUAACAAGGAGAAACUUUUGCAAAACAAGUUCACAAUACUGGCAUGAAAUUCACAGCCUGGGCCUACCAAGUCAUGAUUCCCAAAGCCUUUGAGAACAAAUUGAACUUUGCAUGCAAUAUCUCGCCCAGAAGAUGUGAUAACAAUUUUCCAGUUGUCUGUGACUGUGAUUCUGACUCUCCCUUCUAAUCAGGAGUCAUGAAAUUCAAGAAAGUGAAUGGAAAGUAAUUUCUGAUACUUGUUUAAACAGUUUUUGCAGGGACCAGCUGAAAUUGGUGAUUUAACUGGUGAUUCAUUCAGUCUCAUCUUCAUUUCCUCUGAAAGUAAUGCUAUAGGACAAUUAACUUUGAUGCCUUAGAGCUGUAUCUUUCUACUUUUCCCUUUAAUUUCACUGUUGCCAAAGUAAAAUCUGAGGGCUAAUUCCUAUCUAAGGUGGUCACAAACAUCUGUAAUAACAGAGCCAGAAAUAUAUGAAGAUAACUUGGAUUAUUGUAGGAAGAUGGAUUUUCACCUGAGUUCUUGAUGCUCGGUUCUGGGAGUGGGAAUUUUACGAAGAGUUAUGAGCCACCCAUUGCUGGCGUCUCAUUUACUAACAGCAGACCAGAGGGACAGAACUGUUCAGUAGAGUGCAGUUUUAAUUUCAGCUUUAUGAAUGGUGAGAAUUGCUGCUUGCCUUGUUUCAAACUUUUCUGUUCUGGAUGCUGGAUAAAAAUAUUUGGUCCUCCUAAAAUCUGAAGAUUGACCACCUCAAAGCCUGGACUCCUGUGGAAAUGGACAAAUAUCCAUCCCCUGGGUGCAAAUGCUUUUUGUGUAGUUCUGUAAUGCUGUUUGUAGUGUUGUUUUAUGAAGAGUCUUCUACAAACAUUCUGCACUAAUAAGAUUACAACCUUGCACUAUCAACAACGGUUGCUUAGCAUUAAAAUAAUCUUGGAUGCCAUUAAAGAAUACUAGAGCUCUAUCAGGGUUUAGAGCACUGAGAUGUUUGUGAACCUGAACCUGUUUGCAUAAAAUUUCUUACAGACAAAAGAUAAUCUAAUUAAUGACAGUAGUUCCAUUUUAGUAAUACACAGGGGAGGCAGUGUCCCAGUGUCCCUAGGCAUUGUCCUUAGAGAUUUCUGUCAACUUUAUGAUUAAGAGGUUAAUUUUAGUACUCCGUAAAUCUGAACAUUAUUUUAAAACAUCAGCCUGUGAUCUGUUGGGAAGGGAUGAGGUGGGUUAGAGUUUUACUGUCAGAUGGCAUGAACAGAAAAGCUCAGAAAGCAUAUAAGCCAGGGUCUUCGCACACUGAAAUCAAGGGAUUAAUUGCAAAAUUGCAUCUGAUUACUUGUCCUGUAACUAGCUGUUCAGCAAAGGAAUCCACCUGCCAACAGAAGCAGAGUCCAUACAAACUAUCACAUGUUGCAUUUCAGUUUUUUCAAUUGGGAUUUGUUUGGCAGACUUAGUGGUCUGGAAGUUCCAGUUAGUACCUCUGGUUGAAAGUUGCUGUUUCAGUUAUGAUUGCUUCCCCAAACCAACUGAAUUUAUUACUAACCAAAGACUUACCUACUUGAAAAUAAUAAUAAUAAAAACACCAUUAUAUAUAAAACAAAGCAGUAAAGUUUGGUUCUGUAAUUUGUGUCUUUGUGAGCAGUUGAAGUGCAUGAUGUAUGUCCUAACCAGGCCUGUGCUGCGGCAUUGAACAAGUUAUUAGAGGCUGCAGCACCAGUAUAAUGCAUUCAGAAUUCAGUAUUGAUCCCUCCAAGGGAACACGAGUCUAUGUAAAAACUUGAUGUGCCAUAUGUGUAGGCCAUGGGAAAAUUGUGUGUGCAGUGAACUGUAUACGGUCUCAAAAGCUUUAACAUUUGUACUGCUCUUCCUAUAAAAGAAUGUAUGUCUUGAUAGCUGUUGAUCCUAUGGCUUCUGAAAAAAAAAAAAAAAAAAAAAAAAGUAAUCUAAAGUUUAUUCUUCUUGUCUUAAAAUCACGAUUUUGCAUCUAACUGUUUACACAGACCUGCAUACAGCAAAGGGUCUUUCUCUGUAUGUUGCUGGGAAAUGGGAAAGCAGAUGCUAUUUGUAAAUCUUGCAGGUUUAGAGACAUCAGUGAAUGCCUUUCCUGAAUCUCCUCCUGAUCAGCCACUUCUAUUUACUAGCAAAUGCAAACAGUGCCAAUAGCCUGGGCCUUCUUUAGAGGAAACAAAACAGCCUUGUUCUCUUCCACUUCUAUUGAUACUUUGUAAUUUAAUCUUUUUGCCUCCUUCUGAGCAGGCUUUGGUGAUACAAUUCUUCCAAAGUGUAAUUGAGGACAGUUUGCCUUUUUUACCCUUCUUAUUUCAAAGCCUCUGAAGGCCUCAAACAAGAAGAAAAAACUUUACAAAACUCAUGCAGGUAUGUUGUUAACAGGUAGCUGAAGGAUAAAACAGCCUUCUCAAAAUACCCCAGACUACCUUUUAGCAGCGUGCCUGCAGUGCGUUGUGACUUGACAUCUUGCUUUCAUUGUGUGACCUGCUAUUAAUGGUGUUUGUUACAAUGAGGUCCUUUUAGUUUGUCCUAAAAGAUUUUACUUGUCUGUCAUCAUAAUAGAAACAUAAUGUACACUCUAUAAGAAAAGCAAUAUACAAUAUACUAUACAUCUAUUUCAAUGCCUCUAGUUUUAGGCUAGUAUUCAUAUAAAUGUUUAUGAUCAAAAUAGAGGUUUUCUUGUUCUUCACAGGACCAAGCAAAGUUUUGCCUUGUCUAAAUACUAACAGGAACAUUUCCAUUCAACAAAUACUCUUUUCUCAUGCUUCUAGUUUACUCGUGGUGGGCUCCAUCCUACUGAUUCCCCAUUAAUGCAUUUGAAAGGGAAAAGUAAUGAGCUAUUUCAGUGCAUGACCUUUGCACAGUACCUGAUUCAUAAAGAUAAAUAGAUCCAAAAUUUCAUUUAUGAGUUACUAGUGAUGAGCAAAACAACAAAAAUCCUUUGAAGUUCAGCUGAGGAAAUUCUGAAGUUCUUGCAUUGCUUAUUCAGUUGUGCGGUUUCUUGAGUCAUUAUGAUGGAUAUGUUUGAUGAAGCCUUUGCCAUAGACACUGGCAUCUUCAUAGAAGUUCUAAUUUCUGCUUCUGGUUAUAUGUGGAAGUGUACUGUAGUGGAGAAAUUAUCUGGAUUAAAAAAAAUCAUACAAGUUUUCUUCAAGACAGUUCUCACUUUAUUUGACCUCAUCUGGUAGGCAGCUCACUUUAAUUAAUUCUUGUCGUAAUAGUAGUACAAUAUCCAUAAAAAAUGUUUCUCCAGAGAAACGUACUCAAAAAUAUUUUGAUCCUGAUUGUAACAAGGAUGCCUCUAUUUCAGAGCUAAGUCACUGUAGAGGUGAUCAAAGAAGACAGAAUAUUAGGACAAAUCAAGAAAUUUUUGUGUAUAUGGUUAAAAACGUGAUUUGAUGGGGAUGUUAUUGAGUUGGGAUUUUUUCCUCAUUAAAAUUUGCUGAUAUACAUCACAGUUGCCCAUAAAAUAUUUAUUUUUCCUUCACUGGCUUUUUUUUUUUUUUUUUUUAAGCCAAAAGAUCUCCAAAGCGAAGGGGAAAAAAAAAGAAGAAAAAAAAAAAAAAAAGAAAAAGAAAAAAAGUUAUCUGGUGACUUUGUAUGAAUUACACAGCAAACGCAAUCCAGACAUCAAAUCCAUCCAGACUUUAGCAGUCCCAAAGGUAGCUAAUUCACUGGAAGUUAUUGAUAGGGCUUGUUCUUCUGAACAUUGUAAUAACACAGUAUGAAAUGAACCAGUUCACUUACGUUGUUGGCUGCUCAAGAUAUCACCCAAACUGUAUUUAUUAUUCUUCUCCCAUUGCUUGAAAAGGAAAAAAAAAAAUAGCUUAGGUCUCGUUCUCUGCAUUACCCUAGUUCUCAAAUGUGCAGACUGCAUCUGGUGAUAUGUUGUAGACUUGCUUUCCCCUGACAGAGAAGAUAAAAGAUAUCUCCUUUGUGGCACCUUUUUUUUCCCUGUCUGGAAUUUUUUUACAUCCCUUCAGCCAUGUCAGUAGCUUUUUUGGGGCUGCUCAGUGCCUGGAAAUCCUGGAUAAAAGGCCACACUAAACAUGUGCGGAAGAAUUCUGUAUCUCAGGUGAGAAGUUUUGUAAGGAUAUUUUAGAUUUAUUGCUAGGGGCAGAUCAACCUUUCAAGUUUGGUGGGCUCACCUUAUGCUGUAGAGCUGAUGUGUAAAGGCACAACACAUGUUGACAUGUUGCUGAGCUAGUGUAGACCCAUGGUCCAUGCAGUUCAGCAUAGCAAAUCCUGAGAAAAAUUGGAAUUUCAGAUGUUGGCAGGAGUACAUGAUUUGUACCACCUACUCCCUCUUGUGUCAUGAAAACUUUCUAGAAAUACAGGAAAAUAAAAAGGGAAGGAAGAAAAAAGAAACAAAUGAGGGCAGUUGUGAGGCAGAGCUCGUUUAUCAGAUUUGAUGUUCCAGAGGUGGAACUAAAACCAUUCAGAUACAGUGGUCAGCGCUGAUCAGUUUCCCUACGUAAAUUUUCUACUGUGCAGCUGUAAUACUGCCACAGGGCAGGAGGGGUUUGACUUUUUAAUAACCACUGUUUAAAGAUUGGUUGCUGAAGUGGCCAAUACCCAAAUACCCUGCUGGGCCUUGGCAAGCAGGGUUCAGUUUCCAGCAAGACUUUGUGGUGGGAAUUUUGAAUGUUAUUGGUAAUCAGGACUGACCAGUGGUGGUCCUCAGCCUUCACAAAGAACACGUCCAGGACCGGUUUCUACACACAUCCUACACACAUGUAUUUUAUGAAUCAGGUCUGUGAUCAAUGUUUCGAACAGUUCGUUUGCUGCAGUUUCAUGGGGUUAUUCUCUCUUCGGUUUGCAAUGUAAAUAAUACUGUACAUCUGCUAUUUUAUGAUACAAAUGCCAUGUGAGUUGCUUAUUUUUAAAAUGUUAUAUAACUCUGUUACGAUUCAUUUGCGAUGCCAUCUUACAGUAUUGGUUUAAUAUACAAUGCAUCUCAAUGGCAUGAGUGAAAAUGCUUAUAUUUUGCAAUGUCAAAUAUUUUAUUUUAUUUUUUUUUUUUAAGAUGAAUACAUUUCAUCCUACACAGUUCCAUAAAGGUUUUUUAAGUGGCUCAUUAUGUCUGAAAGUAUUGCUUCCUCUCCAGUAGUGUAAGCAUAAGAACUAGUAUUCCUGAUCAAAAUCAUCAGAUAUAUCAUCUAGAAAUUUCAGAUUAGAAAUGUAUGUACAAAUAUGUAUUUAUAGUUAAUCAGAACGUCUACUAUCUUUCUUGUUUCUCAUGUAAUGAUACAUAUUAAUCAUUUUGUAUUCUUUUUGUUUGUAAUUAUUUGUGACUCAUACACAGUGUAAAUAACAUAUUUCAUUAUGCAAAUUUUCUAGGUAUUGAAGACUACAAAAAAGUUUGUAUAUGAAAAGAAAUUGAUAGUAGAUUGGAAUGAUAUAAAGUGGUGAUGACAAUGUUCUAUUUAUACGGUUCAUUUCCAAGUUGUCUGUUAAAGAAAAAACAUUUCACUUGGCCUUUAAUGUCCAACAGGUUAUUUGAAGUAUAUUUACAUCAAUAAAUCAUGCAAAAGUCUAUUAAAAGUCA